AUGAAUGGAAUCUCAGUCGAUAUUAAUCACUUGAAGAAAGGUGAAGUCAACCUUGGUACCUCAAUUAUGGCUGUUAAGUUCAAAGAUGGUGUGAUAUUAGGUGCUGAUUCUCGUACUACUACAGGUUCAUAUAUUGCAAAUCGUGUCACAGAUAAAUUGACCCAAGUGAAUGAUAAAAUCUGGUGUUGUAGAUCAGGUUCAGCAGCAGAUACUCAAGCAGUGGCAGACAUUGUCAAAUAUCAUUUAGAAUUAUAUCAAGCACAACACAACAAACCAGCUACUGCUAAAAUAGCAUCUGCAAUUUUUCAAGAAUUAACUUACACAAACAAAGACAUGUUGACUGCUGGUUUGAUCGUUGCAGGUUAUGAUGAAAAGACAAAUGGUGAAGUUUAUAGUAUACCGCUUGGAGGUUCAGUUCAUAGACAAAAUUUCGCAAUUGCAGGUUCAGGUUCAUCAUAUAUCUAUGGUUGGACUGACGAAAACUAUAAAGAAGAUAUGACCAAGGAAGAAUGUGUUCAAUUUAUAAAAACUGCCUUGACACAAGCUAUUCAAUGGGAUGGUAGUUCUGGUGGUGUUAUAAGACAAGUGAUUUUGACGAAGGAAGGGAUUGAACGUUUGGUUUUCUAUCCAGAUGGUCCUGAUGGAUUCUCCAAGAAGUUAUAA